GGUCAAAGGAAACUCGUGUUUCGAAUUUGGCUGAACGUCGACCACCGUCUACCGACUACUACCCGACUGCUCGCCUAAGAGGGGAGGGCCCACGCCGUUGCUAAAGCUCAAACCGCGAUAGGUUACGGCACGCCUCAGCGGCCCUCGCCCACUCUUUUUUCUCCUUCCCCUGAUACCCUUAUCUUCAGUUCUUCACUACAUUGCUCUUUCUUUUAAUACGUUUGUUGCAUUGAAAUGCAUUCUCAUCUAAACAGGGAAGCGAUCAUUCACGCGCCACACCGACGGCGGGACGAUAGCUGCGUGGAUCCCAACCCAGCUAAUACCAUCACAGACCGCCUUAAUACACUUCUCAAUUCUUCUGGAGCUGGUUAUAUUCUGCCGCUUUGCGCAGGGGCAGAGUACUUGAUAGAAUCUCCGAUUCUUUUCGCUGCCCCCCAACAGGAGAUAAGCACGGUUGGGUACCCUACUGGAGACGAGCGCGCCACACUUAUUGUCAAUGGACCGGUCUACAAUGGAACGGGACACACGACCGCUAUAGAUGGUACCUGUGCGAAUUGUACAGGUAUUAAGAUCAGGAACAUUCAGAUCAAUGGUACUCGUCUCGGAGCAAGCCCGACUACCGGAGGGGCCAAUAUUGAGAUGGGUGGACCUAAUACAGAUCAAGUCAUCGAAUAUGUCCGGUCGUUUGACCCUCGAAGCUGGUCAUGUCUUCAUGUAGCGGAGGGCGGCUUGGAAUGCAAGAACGCUACCGUUCAAAAUAAUGACAUUGGUCCGUGCGGGAGCGAUACCUAUCAACAAUGGGCGGAUGGUAUCAGUGUAGCUUGCGCCAGCAGUGUCGUCCGUAAUAACAUGGUGAUGGGUCCCACGGACGGUGGGAUUGUUCUCUUCGGUGCGCCUGGCACGCAGGUGUACAACAAUACCAUUUGGGUUGUGGACCAAAUACUUCUCGGGGGCAUUAACAUGGUGGACUACCUUCCUUGGUAUGGAAACUAUGCUGGGACAGUCGUUCAUAAUAAUACAAUGAUCGGCGGUUUCGCUACGGGCGAAGGUAAUGCAACUAAAGGCACGAAUGUGGAUGAUGCUAUCAUGAAGAUCGGUGUAGCUAUCGGACCUCGUACUUGGUUUGGACCCGAGUAUGGCACCAAUCUCAGUCAUUCGGGGACGGUCUACGACAACAGCUUCUCGGGAGCGUUCAGCUAUGCCAUCGCCGUCACAUCAGCCACCAAUUUCACAGUUCAGAGCAACUCCUUGUUCGGAAAUACGUCCUUCAUUGGUGCUGUUGGGCCGAACUGCAGUAUCACCGACGUCGACAUUCCGACUCCCGCCGCGUUCGUGAUAGACAGGAACCUCACCUCAGGCAUGACUCUUCAGUCCGAUUUCACGAACAUUACCAACGGGGACUCUAUUACCUGCGUAGCUCCUCCAGCUGGCGGUGACUUUUGGCCCUAUGGUGGAAACCCGGCAAGCGGCUCGGGUUCGUCGGGUGGCAGUGGCAGUGGCAGCAGUGGUGGUGGCGGGAUGUCUGCAGGAGCCAAGGCGGGUAUCGCAAUUGGCGUGAUAGUCGGCGUCAUCGCCCUCGGCCUGGCGGCUUGGCUCACUCGCAAGUGGGCCAUCAAUCGUUCCGAGUCGAAAAAAUUGUACUACUCGACGCGCCAGUCGCGCUUUUUGAAGCAUUCCUAAAGCUUUUCGUCUCUUCAUACAGACAACGGAUUCAUGCAUACCCGACACGAUUUUACAUAUAGAGUUCCUCGGUCUAUGACCAAAGGACUUCAUUGGACAUUGCUAAGUAAAUAUAGUUUAUAUUUUAUUCGCACGAGAUAGAGUACCUUGUAGUUCAACUGUUGCUUCAUACAUCCUACACCAACACCAAUAUUUAUUCUGUACAGUAGUUUUAGUUGUCGCCUCUGUUAUUAUAUAUGUUUUCACGUCAAAUAUCGC